GUCAGUUUGAGUUUAGCGGCGAUCAGUACGGUGCCGGGCCAGGACGUGAUUCGCCUGCAGUUCCACUGCACUGAUCAACAGUAGAGCGUGUGUGCUGCUUGUGUCCCAAACUUUCCGGACUCUGCCCAUUGCCACUUCCCGCCAUGAGCGAGACGGAGACCCCGGUGGAGGUGAAGGAGGAGCCCGCCGAGCUGGAGAGCCUGAAGCGGGAGCGGGAGGACACCGAUGACGAGGAGAGCAGCAGCGGCUCGGAGGACGGCAGCGGGCCGAGCGACAGGAAGCGCCACAAGUUCCCGAGCCAGAUCCGCGAGGCUGUCAGCAAUGUUUUGAAGGGGUACGACUGGACGCUGGUGCCCAUGCCGGUCAGAGUCAACGGAUCGUCCAAAUCGAAGCCCCACGUCAAGCGGCCCAUGAACGCCUUCAUGGUCUGGGCCCAGGCGGCCCGGAGAAAGCUGGCGGACCAGUAUCCUCACCUGCACAACGCCGAGCUGAGCAAGACGCUGGGGAAGCUAUGGCGUAUGUUGAAUGAGGACGAGAAGAGGCCGUUUAUCGAGGAAGCCGAGAGGCUGCGCGUCCAACACAAGAAAGACCACCCCGACUACAAGUACCAGCCCCGCCGGCGGAAGAACAGCAAGGCAAACCAGGGGUCCGGGGACGAGGCUGGCUCCGAGGCGUCGCCCAUCUCCGCCAACACGCUCUUCAAGGCGCUGCAGGCGGAGUCUCCCACGGGCAGCGAGCCGCACAGCCCCGAAGACCUGAAGGGACCGUCCCCCCAUGACGGGUCGGUCGGCGUGACACCGAGCAGCCAGGCCCCACCCACCCCGCCGACAACGCCAAAACAAGACCAAGGCAUGACGGCGCUCAAGGCCGACGGCAUGAAGCGCGACCCGACCUCCAACACCCUCACGGCCAUCCACAGGGACGGUCCCCACCACCACCACCACCACCCUCAGGGGCACGGCCAUCCCAACAUAGACUUCAGCAAUGUGGACAUCGGGCCUUUGGAUGUUAUGUCCAGCAUGGAGUCUUUCGACGUCGAGGAGUUCGAUCAGUACCUGCCUCCCAACGGGCACCCGGCGUCGGCCAGCGGUCACCACCCUUCCCACCCGCCCUACACAAGCUACAGCCAGAUGUCUUCCUCCGCUACAACCACCGUAACGUCGUCGUCUUCAUGGAUGGCCAAGCAGAACACCUCUCCCAGAGACAACUCUCAGGAGCAGCGUCUCCCCGUCAAGAUGGAACAGGAGCACCUUCCCCCUCCUCCCCCUCAGUACACCCCUCACCCACCGGCCUCCUCCUACAACUACCAGCCACAGUAUUCCUCCUACCAGCACUCCCCACCCAGACCACAGUACACUGACUAUCCACCCCCUGCCCACUCCCCACAGCAGUUCUACAGCCCGCACCCCACCUCCUCCUCCAUCCCACCGCCCUACAACUACAUGGCACCGCCGCAGCGAUCUCUCUACCCCACGGUGGCAGGGGCACCGUCAACAUGGGAGCCCUCCUACACGCAGCUCGCCAGGCCCUGAACCUUGGCCGGACUUUGAACUCAGUCCUUCUGGAGUUGGACUUCCUCUGCGUGAGUGACCUAUCUUUGUACAAUGUGCGCUAGCUUGUCAGGACGCUAUCCGUAACCACAUCAUCCAUGGUGGGUAAGGUUACAGUGCUAAAUGGUGCGGGAGAGAUUGAAUGUACGUCCCGCGGAUCUGCUAUCUGUUGCAGGUCCUCGUGGACAAGACAUCUGGAAAAGUGCUACAAGCUAGAAAAUAAUGAGCCCAGGGCAGGACUGUGCACCGAUCUGCCGGAUUAGUACUGUGUCUGAGUGGCCGGACAGGCCCCCUGUCAUGCCUAACUCCCAACUAGAAUUGGAGAUGUUCUAAACGUCCCACAUAAGGGCUAAUCCACCAGUGCCUAAACAUACCAUGACCACUAGUUUUCAGUUGUAUAUGGUCAGUGGGAAUGUACAUGACUUCUUACAGGUUGAAUUUUUGAUGACAUUGUCACCCUCUAAAAGCAAAGUGUGAUCAUGUUUAACAUUUUGAAGAGUGUUUGGUUCGUGCUCUUAGUAAGAAGGAAAGUGUAUAUAUUUAUAUAUUUCUGUAACUGUCUAGGAAGUCAGUGCCCAUCAUGCUUCAUACAGAUAUGAAAUAUUGGCAGGAUCCUUUGGCUGUAUGAAUGACAUUCCAACUGUGUAAGCAGAACCUAGCAUUAUGGCAACACUCGAGGGACCUUUACUUUAGGUAUGCAGCAAAUGCUCUAGUCAUACAUAAGUUGUUGAAGAGGUGCAGAUUUAUAUUCUGAAGAAAUGUUGUUUGACCAGUAAGUAAUUUUUAAUACAAAAGCUUUACAACUGUUAACUACUGUGAUGUGAUCUAUUCUUCUGAGAAGGAGGAUUUAUGUACAAGCCUUCCAAGUCUAAACAUAAUUCUAUGUCAAUUCUGUUUGAAUAUUCUUGUUGUUUGUGCACCAUAUUUUAAAUAGAGAUUUUGUUUUGUAAAUAGUUCUCAAGGAGAAGAAGUUUACAUUAAAAAGAUGUGCAUUUAUUA